AUUUCGACGAGGACGGUCAUUACUGUCUUUCACAGAUUCUCCCGUUGCCUCAUGCGCCCGUGUAUCCCAGCAAAAGGCGUCUCGUCCUUUAUUGCCUUUUACUCCUGUUCUAGGCCCGUCCAACGGUCUGGCACUUCCUCGCUCUCCUUCUACCGAUCAAGAUGUCUUCACAAUCUACCUAAUUCUGCCCACCGUUUACCCUGCCCGAGGCGCAUUGCUGAACGGCGGCAUUUCCAUGCUUCACCCGUAUCAGCAGCCCCCAAGGAUCCAUACUCAGUUCUCGGUGUGAAUAAGGAUGCAACAGCUGCUGAAAUCAAGAAAGUCUAUUUCUCCCUGGCUCGGAAAUACCAUCCAGAUACUAAUCCCGACGCGAAUGCACGGGACAAGUUCGUCGAAAUUCAGGAAGCCUAUGAUAUCUUGAAAGAUGAAAAGAAACGAGCUGCCUAUGACCAGUACGGUUCCACAUCACAGCAGCCAGGUUUCGAUCCAAACUCCUUCUCGCAAGCCUUCCGUAAUGGCCAAGGGUUCGGUGGUUUCAAGGACUUUUCUUCUGCCUUCGGUCCCGAUGUCGGUAGCGGAUCCAGUUUCUUCGAGUCCUUGUUCGGCGCUUUAAACAACGGCCCCGGAAGUCGACAGCGGUCCCGCGGAGAGGAUUUAGAAGUUUCAGUUGGAAUAACCUUCAUGGAAUCAUGUAAAGGGACAAAACGCAACGUCAAAAUUUCCCCUGUUGUCGAUUGUCUAACUUGUUCCGGCCUCGGUCUAAAGCCAGGUGCGAAACGUACAACAUGUACAGCUUGCAGUGGUUCCGGUACCCGGACUUUUGUCAUCGAUAGUGGUUUCCAGAUGGCCAGCACAUGUCCGUCUUGCUCUGGUGUUGGAAGUACGAUACCUCGGGGUAGUCAGUGUGGUUCUUGCGGAGGCGUGGGCAAGGUCAGAGCACCUCAGACUAUUGAAGUCGAUAUACCACCAGGCGUCGAGGACGGAAUGACUAUCCGCGUUCCGAAAGCGGGAGAUGCGCCAGUAACCGGCAAGGGAACGCCUGGCGACUUAUUUGUGCGCGUCAGCGUUGCCCCAUCAAAACAAUUUACACGACAAGGAGCCAACUUGUUCCAUGAGGUUAAAGUACCCUUCCACACCGCGCUUCUUGGCGGUCGAGUCCGAGUACCUACUAUUGAUGGCGAAGUCGAUGUCCGACUACCCAGCGGCACUCAGCAAGGAGAGGAGAUGGUAUUAAAAGGACGUGGUGUUCCAGAAUUUCGAAACGGUCUUAGUGGGGAUCUCUAUGUUACAUUCUCGGUGGUUCUCCCUAGAUCUCUCUCAAAACGACAACGACAACUGUUACAAGAAUACGCGGAUGAUGUUGAAGGUCGAUCAACGUCUAAAGAUAGUAAGGGAGGCAGCAAAGCUUCUCAGUCUUCAAGUUCGUCACAAGGAAAAGGGACAGGUGGUGGUCAUGAUAACGGUAUGCCUUCUUUUACACAUCAGUCACCCUCACAAGGUGGCUUGGUGUUUCGUGCGUGGCAAAAAUUACGAGGACUCAUUGGGUUUUGAUUUUUUUACUGGCAUGUCUUCCAUCCUUUGCCAACGCUCAACUUCGUGUUCUUAUCUGCAUUCAUACGCUAGUCACCGCCGAGGACACUCCCAAAGAGGUAGAGAAAGAGGCAAAGGAGGACCGGGACGAAGAUCAGGAGAUGAAGAGGGCGACAGCAUGAUAAUUAAAAUUU